CCAAGAGGCUCGCAUGAACAUAUCCUCGAUACCUUGACCUCUACCCUCUUCCUUUCCCCUUGUGAUACCUCCUCGCUCUCUCCGUCAUGUCCUCGAUACCGGUACAAGCUCUUAUGCUACCGUGACCUGAUACCUAGAAGCAUGGCCACCGAUACCCGCUUUAGACUUCCAGCCCUGGACGGCUUCCCCCUCUCCGUGCAUCGCUUCGACCCUGCUCCUCCUUCUUCCUCUGCCCCAUCCUCCUCUUCCUCUUCCUCUUCGUCAAUCUUGUCCUCAUCGGAAGCUCAAGCCAUCUGCAUUAUCAUCAACGCCACAGGCGUAGCAGCUCAAUUCUACCGAUCCUUUGCCAAACAUCUCAGCACAAAAGGCGUCGCCGUCUGUACCUUUGACUACCGCUACUCAGGUCAAAGUUUCCCGCCCAAGCGUCUGGAAAAGCUGCAGCGCGUUACACCCGGCACAGAAGAGUUCGACAAUGUCUUCCACGAAGCGCUACUAGAGUGCAAGGCAGAUUGGGGAUUGAUGAGCCACUGGUGCCGACAGGAUCUGGCUGCCGUGGUAGGCUUUGCAAGAGAGACGUGGCCUGGAUUGCCGCUGACCUUGCUGGGCAAUUCCCUUGGGGCGCACUUGUCUACACUGCUCGAAGAGCACACCCUCUUUCCAUCCAGCGAUACCGCAGCAGCUCCCGUACCGCCUGUGCGGAUUUUGAACGUCUGCGGCGGUAAUGCGUACUGGGAGAAUAACAACAGUCCCGAAGAGGCCAAAUUUGUCUUUGAUCAGGUCAUCAAGGCGCCCCUCGAGACCGACGGCGUCUUCCGUUCCUCUUCCCUCGGUCUCGGCUAUGACCUCCCCUAUGGCGCAGGGGUAGACUGGCUCAAAUGGUUCUACCACCCUCUCUUCUCCCUGCAGGGCGCCGAGGACGAGGUCAUUGCGCGUGCCCUUGGGGAGAGAUUGGACAAGUACCUCUAUGUGGGAUUCGAAGACGAUGCGACGAUCAAUCAACUUAUGCAGACAAACCAUCUCUCCCUCUUCUCCCACAAGAGGCGAAACUUUCACUCGCUGUGGAUCGAUCCGCCGAAGUGCUCACCGCCUUGGCCCGCAAUGGGACAUGUCACCUCAUUUAUCCCUACGAGGAGGAGCUGCGACGGUGCUCAAGCGAAGGAGGCGGAGGUUGAGACGGGGGAAGAGGAGCGACCAGGCGGUCCAGCCACAGAAGCGUACGAGCUCACCGAAACAGACGUCACAGCAGCCUCAUCCUCGUCACUACCUGUCUCUCCCUUGACUAGGGAAGAGACCAUCUUCCCCCUCUACCUCGAGUACAUCCUUCAUGGUACCGUACCAGAGGCUGCGCCGGGCCGGGAGCAUCGCGUGUGGACGGUGGAGGAUGAGCGCGAUCGGGGUGAGCUGCGGCGGCAGUGGGAGCAGGCUUCGAAGCUGGAGCGGGAGCGAGAGAAGGAGAGGGAAGAGCAGGAGCAGAAGCAGGAGCAGGAGCAGAAGCAGAAGCAGGCCAGGGGAAAGGAUAAGGCGCGAUUGUAGACUAGACUUAGAGCAGACUGGACUACGAAUAAUGCAUAAUGCUUGAUUGUCGAAUUGAGAAUGUGUAAUA